UUUGGUUGACCAAGAGCUAGAUGUGCUUCUGGUUGGGGUUUUUGGUUGCUGUUGCCAUCUCGAACAUUAAUUUGUGAUUCCCUCCAGACCAGAAAAAUGUAUGCAGCUCUUACGCUAUUCUUCUUCAUGUGCUUGACCGCCAGCACCCAUGCAGAUCACCAUCAGCCUUGUCAUGCACCCAAUAUGACAGGAUUCAUGUCUGUGAUGUCAAUGAAAGGUGAAAUGAAAGCAUAUGGUGCGUUCACCUAUGAUUCAAUGGGCAAGAAGCUACGGUUCAGAUCAAACGAGAGCAGCGCCACAAACGCUUCACAUAGUAUGGAUCUGCUGAUGUUUUUCGAAGAGGGGACAUUCUACGAGAUUGAAAGCAAAAACCAGAGCUGUGUGAAAAAAACGCUGCACUGCAGCAUGCACCCUCUGGAUAUUCCCGAUGAUGCCACGUUUUCCACUAAAGAACACUCUGGGAGUGCAGCCAUCGAAGGGGAGGGAUUACAGCUAGACGUAUGGACAGGAUCGAUGCCCGACAAGAAAGGCCACUAUUCCAUGUCUGUAACCAAAGGAUGUUUGCCUGUGUUUACUUUCUACUUCACUGAGUCCACAUCAUUCCUUUUCAGGACCAUGGAGAUUGAAAACGAGAUCAAGGACCCCGAUCUCCUUGUGGUGCCUUCCUUUUGUAUGGGACAGCCUGUGGAGGACACACCUGAAGGGACAGUAAAUGGUUUCCUCAAUGAGUUUGUGUAGAUGAAGCCUCACCUGCAGAAAAUUAAGCCCCUUAUGCAAGCAUGGCCUGCCAGAACUAUAGACUUUUCUCUCCUUUUAUGUGAGUUUUUCUUGUGACACUGCACUGCAUCACAUCUGUUUCCAUCACACCCUCAGCACCCGUGGGAAGAUAUGGCUUUGAACGCGUCAUACUGUAAGCAUACAUGUUGAUGUAAAGGGAGAAGAGGUGAAAUGGAUUUUAGAAUUAGUUACAAUUACUAACAGUUGGUGGCUUACCAAGUCGGCCUGCUUACAAAAACCUGUAAGAUAUGAUUAAUGGAACAAUAAAAUGUCAAAGCUGUCAAAAAUCUCA